AUGGGCGCCUCGACCACCUCGCCGACGUUGGAGCGCGCGAUGGCGGCAUGUGCCUCGCACCCCGUCCUCGCCGCCUCGCUCGCCCUCGUCGCCUGGGUCGUGUACAAGCUCAGCAUCUCCCCCGUCGUCUUCCCCUCGGAAUUCCGCAAGCUGCCCGGCCCGAAACGGGCCUCGAUGCUCUUUGGCAACCGGGUCAUCGAGUCGGCCGACUUCACCUACACCUCGCCCACGACGGGCGAGCGAAAGACGGUCAGCGGCCCCGGGAUGCGUCUGCUGUACUGGGCAAAGGAGCUGGGCUCGCACAUCUACACGUUUCCGGAACCGUUCGGCAACGAGUCGCUGUCCGUCUCGGACCCCAACGCCCUCGCGCACAUCCUCGCCGACACCGAGACGUUUCAGUCUCCGGAGCUGCGCACCAAGAUCAUUGAGCUGCUCGCGGGAGAGGGCAUCGUCAAGCACUAUGGCCACGUCCACCGCAAGCAGCGCAAGAUGAUCGGGCCGAGCUUCUCGGUCGAGCACCUCGUCGAGAUGACAACCACCUUCGCCGAGCUCGGCGCCAAGAUGUGCGGCGCCAUCGAGCGGGAUCUCGACGGGCAGCUGCAGCAGCAGCCCGGCGGCGGCGACAACCGCGAUGGCUGGGGCGUCGUCGACAUGGGCAACUGGCUCGACUGCGUCAUGCUCGACAUCAUCGGCCAGACUGGGUUCGGGCACAACUUUGACGCCCUCGACAAGGGCCGCGACGGCAGCGAGCUGAGCGCCGCCUUCAACGACGCCAACCAGCUCGCCAUCAACUUUAGCCUGGGCAGGAUGAUCCAGACCGCCUUGGCCGCGAUGCUCUACGUCCCCGCCGUGACUUGGCCGAUCGAGAGGGUCAAUCGCGCGCUGCACAAGAGCAAGCAGGUCAUCUCCAAGUACUCGCAGGCCAUCGUGCAGGAAAAGAAGCGCGAGAUCCUGCGCGAGAUGGACGUGUCGGGCUCGGCCGACGACGUCCUCUCUGGCCGCAAGGACCUCCUCUCGCUCCUCGUCAAGGCCAACCUGGCCGAGGCCGAGGCGGACCGCAUGUCGGACGAGGACGUGGCGGGCCAGAUCCACACGUUCACGUUUGCCGGCUACGAGACGUCGAGUGUGACGAGCGGGUUUGUGCUCUACUACCUCUCGACCUAUCCGCACAUCCAGCAGAAGCUGCGCGACGCCCUCGACAAGGGCUUCCGCGAGCGCCGCGGCAUCCCGCUGCGCGACGUCGCGGCCCAGGACAUCAAGUACGACGACCUGUGGUCGGACGAGUUCGAGUACCUCGACCGCGUCAUCCAGGAGACGCUGCGCCUCUGCCCGCCCGUCAUCUACUCGCAGCGCCUCGUCGUCAAGGACAGCGUGCUGCCCCUCCUGCUGCCCAUCAAGAGCCGCGACGGCUCGGAGACCAUCACCUCGGUCCCCGUCAAGAAGGGCUCGGUCGUCAGCUGCAUGUUCAAGUCGGCAAACUACCGCGAGGACCUGUACGGCGAGGACGCCGAGGAGUUCAACCCGGAUCGAUGGCUCAAGCUCCCCGAGCUCUUCCACAAGGCCAGGAUGCCCCAGCCCUACGGCAUGUUCAGCUUCAGCGGCGGUCCAAAGAGCUGCAUCGGCUCGAGGUUCUCGCUGACCGAGAUGAAGACGGUGCUCAUCCUCGCCCUGUCCAAGUUCGAGUUUACCCUGGCAGAGGGCAUCGACAUCCGCCCGCACCUCGCCCUCGUCGUCCGACCUCGAGCCCAGACAAAGGACGGCACCGUCAUUGCGGGCGUCCCUCUGCGCGUGCGCAAGCUGCAGUGA